UUGUGUCCAUUUACCAUGUAGACUGCGACGCUCGUCCCCGCACCGACAAACUUAUUUGCCAUUGAAUUCGGUUUAAAGUGAUUUCAAAUUCACGUUCGAUUCCUAAUGUAAAAACGACUGACACAGCUCAAUAUCGAGCUCCAUUUGGAGCUGGAGCCUUUGUAGUUGCAGUGGACGAGUGGCAGAAAUAACUGGAUCAUGACUUCAAACUUAAUGAGAGGAACUGGGCGUGUGUGUAUGUGGCGUCUGCUCGGUCUCUGUGGGGCAUCAGGCUGCGAAAAACCCUCUCCUGCUCCUGAAGAAUGCUGUGGAUUAACAGUCGGACAAAUCGUUUUACUGGAUAUCCAUUUCUGAUGUCAAAGGAUUCACACAGAAUGUUUUCUGUUCAUUUAUGAGACAAACACUCUACUUUGAUUUUCUCCAUGACACUAAAAAUGAUGCUACCUAAGCUGGACACGUGACAUCUUGUUUUAAAAUGCAAGAGGAUGGAUAGCGCAACCAGCCCCGCGUCAGAGACUGGUCUUUCCAAUGGAUUUGUCAAUAGCGUGUUCAACGUUUCGGUUGACGAAGACAGCAAAACUGAGAUCUCAUGGAUUCCGGAGUGCAAUUCCUCCGACUCCAUUAUUCCCUGUCAGACCCUCAGGAGAGAAAAACAGGAACCCAUCCGGCGCUCCAGGACGGCGGCCAUCUGGAGGAUCCUGCAGCGCCGCAAGGCCCCCUCUGACCUGGACAGGCGACCUCACUCCGUCAUCCUCCCAGGUGAAGCGUCCUUUCUCAAACUGUCGAUCACAAACAAGGUGAGGUCCUUCAAGAAAUUAAAGUCCCCGUCUGUUUUUAGAGGCAAAGCUAGUAAGACUUCUGAUUCCAAGUUCAACAUUGACCUGAAAGACGAGGCCGAUGAUGUGUACAUGUGCAAGGACUCUCCUUCUUCGGAGUUCAAGCACGUGUUUAAGAAUAAAGCCAAGAGACAUUCAUUCGCAGGACACACCGCAGACUUCUACUGUUCGUUUGAGGAAAUCGACCCCGCUGGAACCCCAGAGAACGUCCAGCAGGAGACCAAGGACACCGUUAGCAACCAAAAUGGGUGCAGGCUGUCAGAAAGGGUCGUUUAUACAAAGAAAUCUCACCCCAACUUUUCAAACUACAACAAUUUGUCUGCGACGGAACAGGACGACUCCUGUGGGAAGCAAAGCCUCAAGAUACCUCAAAGAAGACGAUGGUCCAGGGGGGGAGAUGUUUUGAACUACUUGAGAAGAAUUUCCCUUAAGGGAAAAGGAGGUCAGACUUUGGCAGAGAGUAGUUUUGAGUCGAUGAAUACCUUGGACAAAACCAUUGAUUCUGACUACGGCUCGGUCAACUUCGAACUGGUCAAAGAUUUGAACUCUGCGCCUGAACAAACAGGGAUUGAUAACAAAAGCAGCCAUUUCCGAGGCCUUCUCCGAUUUUUCAACACGGUGGCUGAGACGGCAAUGAAAUGGAGAAACUCGUCCCGCUCAUUCUCCCCCCCUGAAGACCAGCAGUCGCCUGUCGCUUUGAGAAAGACGCAGCAGUCAGGAGAGUUCGUGCCUUUGACAGUCAGGAGCGAGCAGAAAGCCGAUACCUCAGUUCACGGUAAACCUACAUUAUCUACGGACAUGUGCAAGGCGGUCUCGCCUGUCAACGACAUGGUGGAGUGCUCUCCUCGUGUGGUGCUGAAGGCCUGGAGAACAUGCCCAGACUCUCCGAGAGAUAGCAACUCGCUGUGCAAUAACUCGGAUGAAUCGCAGUCUCAGAUCAGCUCGACUCACAUCUCUCUAGCCACCAUUGAGAGCCACCCGAGAUGUGAAGAACCAGAGCCACUAAAGGAGACACAGUCUGACUUUGAAAACACAGCGAUCCCGAAUCACUUAUCUAGCAAAGCUGUUGAUGGAAACCAAGAUGUUUGCACGGAUAGGAAAAAAAUGAACUGCCCGGAGGAUAUAUUUAAGAUGCUCUCGCGGCCCCCAGGCCAGUCGCCUGCAGAUCCUCCUCUUAAAGCUCUGCUCCAGCGGUGUCGCUCUCUGCCGCUGCCGACCACGCUGUCCGCACUGGAGCCCAUUGCCCUGACACACGUGCUCACUCCUCCAGCUAAAACCAUGGCUAAAUCAGUCGUUCUCCGCAUGAGGAACAGCAGCACAGGAUCCAACAGACGGAAGCUGUUUAGACCAGGAUCUGGACCGCUGCACGUCAACAUGUUGAUCAGCGGCGGUUCGGUGGUCAGCGCAGAGGCAGUAUGGGAUCACGUGACGAUGGCCGAGAGGGAGCUGGCGUUCAAGGCGGGAGACGUCAUCAAGGUCCUGGACGCCUCCAAUAAAGACUGGUGGUGGGGUCAGAUCGACGACGAGGAGGGCUGGUUCCCCGCCAGCUUUGUGAGGGUUGAUCCCCACCCUCCUCAACCUUACACAAAACCAGUUUUCUAUAUCAACCCUAUAGCAACUCCAAGGUUCCAUAACACAACAGCAAAGUUGUGGGUUAACCAGGAAAAUGCAGCCACAGAAUCAGCUGAGGGUGUCAGCGAGGUGCAGAACGGACACACCGACCCCAGCAACGGCUGCCUGUGCAUCGGCCAACCACUGCAGAACCGAGACCAGAUGAGGGCCAACGUCAUCAACGAGAUCAUGAGCACUGAACGCCACUACAUCAAACACCUGAAGGACAUAUGUGAGGGCUACUUGAGGCAGUGUCGAAAGAGGAUUGACAUGUUCAACGAUGACCAGCUAAAAGUGAUUUUUGGCAACAUCGAGGAUAUCUACAGAUUUCAAAUGGGAUUUGUGCGGGACUUGGAAAAGCAGUACAACAUUGAGGAACCCCAUCUUAGUGAAAUUGGUCCAUGUUUUCUGGAACAUCAAGACGGUUUCUGGAUCUAUUCAGAGUACUGCAACAACCACCUGGACGCCUGCAUGGAGCUCUCCAAGCUGAUGAAGGACGGCCGCUACCAGCACUUUUUUGAAGCCUGUCGCCUCCUCCAGCAGAUGAUCGACAUCGCCAUUGACGGCUUCCUCCUCACCCCUGUGCAGAAGAUCUGCAAGUAUCCGCUACAGCUGGCCGAGUUACUCAAGUACACAGCACAGGAACACAGCGAUUAUCGCUAUGUGGCAGCAGCGCUCGCUGUCAUGAGGAACGUCACCCAACAAAUCAAUGAGCGCAAAAGAAGACUGGAGAACAUUGACAAGAUCGCUCAAUGGCAGGCCUCAGUGCUGGAUUGGGAGGGUGAUGAUAUUCUGGACAGGAGUUCAGAGCUGAUCUACACGGGUGAGAUGUCGUGGAUCUAUCAGCCUUAUGGCAGGAGUCAGCAGAGAGUCUUCUUCCUGUUUGAUCAUCAACUGGUCCUGUGCAAGAAGGACCUGAUUCGCCGGGACAUUCUUUACUACAAAGGGCGCAUUGACAUGGAUCGCUAUACGGUGAGAGAUGCCGUCGAUGGACGGGACGACGACUUUAACGUCAGCGUGAAAAAUGCGUUCAAGCUGCACAACAGAGACAGCGACGAGAUCCACAUCUUCCUGGCCAAGAAGCCGGAGGAGAAGAUUCGCUGGCUGAGGGCUUUUCACGAGGAGCGCAAGAUGGUCCAGGAGGAUGAAAAAAUUGGUUUUGAAAUUUCUGAAUAUCAGAAACGACAGGCUGCCAUGACCGUGCGUAAAGUGACCAAACAGAAAGGUGUGAGCCAGAGCAGGUGCGUCUCCCCGUCGGACCCCUCGUCUCCCGGACCCUUCAUGCUCUCUGAUGACGCUCUACAGUCAGACGUAGUCGAAUUCCAUGUUUCCAAAUCAGGACAGUCUCCAUUCUGGCAAAACUUUAAUAGGUUGGCAUCGUUAAAAAAUGGGAAAAAAUAGUUCACUCUUUGUCUGAAUGCUCCCGACAAUGAAGUUCAAGCUCAAGCGUAUUUAUUAUUGACCUUAAAAACACCAUGAACCUCUGUCUGGAUAUCACUGACAAUCAUAAGGCUGAUGUGAUCGUACCUGUCAAGAGGCCAAACACACUACAGAGACACGUGUUGUUCACUAUUAUUGUAUCUCCACUUUGAAGGCCAAACUCAGUAGAACUGACCGGCAUAUGGUGCUCUUUGGCCUGCUGAGACAAUGACGGUCAUCAAAUUGUACACGUUUCGAAGGUUUUGUUGAUCAAAGACAUUUGCUCGACGGUCCCUCUGUCUGCAGGUUAACGAUCAAGAUCGCUGACGUGAGGAAUCUGGUGUGUACCAUACACUACAAUAAAGAAGCGGGAUGAAACAGGGCAAUCAAAUCGUCUAAACAGGGUAUUGCUUUCUAAUUCACAGAGGUGAUUUUAUCAAUCUGAGGAACAUGGAGUUUGACAACAUGAUUAUUCCUAGUAUUAGUUAAGCAGAUUUGUGAUAGUGUCACAAUCUCGUGUCAUGCUGUCCUCAAUCAAUCACAAACGUUGCAUAUUGACUGAACUCAUUUCAUAUGAUAAAUAUAUAUAUAUAUAUAUAUGUUUUUGUAUGUCUAUAAAGGGUAAAGUAGAUUUUUGAAUUUGCCUCCAAAGGGGGUUAUUUUUGAUUGUAUUAUAUAAUUACUCUGUAGUAAGCACACUGAAACCAUUCAUAUGCUUUGUAUUUGAGUUUUUUUGUUGUUGAUGUUGUUCAUUUGUAAUAGCUACUCGGAAUACUAUUUAUUACUGUAGGUAAUGGCAAAUAAUGAGCAAGAUUUUUUAAUACAUACAGCAAUGUGCAGAAGUCGUGGGCCACGAAAAGAAAGAGUAGUCAACAUUUGAAGUGGAUCGACGUGGACUGAAGCAUUGCCAGUUGGUCUAGGACUUGUGUACAAUGCUGUGCAUAGAGAGUGCACUACACAUGUAUUCAUGUAUGCUCAUGAACAGAAACUUCUGCUAAAUUUACUGUAAAUGAAUGUGAAAAAUGGGACAGCAAAAUUCAGCUAAUAGUUGUCUUUGUAGUGUUGUAGUGGGAAAGGUGGGAGUGAGUACACUGGGCUAGUACUAUGGGGAGGUUUGGUUGUCCACAAGAGAGGUGCUCUAUCCUGCUCUCUUGUGGAUAACCAGUAGAUAGCAGAAUACCAGUAUGGUCUUCUCCUUUAUUUCUGGUGGCAUUCCGCGCAAUAGAAUCCACAACAUUUUCCUGCUUUGAAUUAAAAGUGCUUUUCAAAAGUGAUCUGAUCAGGCAGUGGCCCCAUGUGGUUUGUUGAAAAUUUCAUUGCAUUUCUAUUACUGUAAGUGAGACAACUGACAUCCUGAAAUGAAUGAUCAUAUUUGUUCAGCAUCUUUUGCGUUCUAAAAGAAAAUCCUGCUGAUGUUUUAAACUAGCCUACACCUACAUUCAUUUAUUGAUGAUUGAUGAAUGAGCCGGUUACGUUUGGAACAGUGCAAAAUAGACAAUGUAAGAAAACUUGGGAUGUGAAAAUGGGUUUGUAUGAUAUGAGCUCAUGUCUAUAGACACACCUAAGCAGUUAUGUGAUUAACUCAUAACUAUAUAAUCUAUUGGUGUUCAGUAAUAAUGCACUUCCUUAUUUACUUUCUUAUGAAUGUUUAGUAUGAAUUUACAUUUUGUCGGCUGUAACGAUGUGCUGUGUUUUAAAGUAAAGAGUGAAAAUGAA